AAGCAAUCUCGUACAAGGUUAUUGGUAAAUUUCCAUUUGUGGGAAACGACGCCGUCUACGGAGGAACAGUACAAGACUACAGGUAAUUUGAAAGUCGAUCAGAAUCGAACGCAAACGGGUCAACGUGUGAAAAACAACAAAAAAACAUUGGUGAGGGAAGGACGACACAACAAUGGCGCUUCCCAUUCGUCUUUCCGUACUCUCUAAAACCCCCAAAAUCCCUCUUCCCAAAAACCCAGUCCUGAGUAGUCUAAACACCAUUUCACCCAAAACCCACCUCAAAUUCAAUCCUUUCUCUGGGUAUUCAACGCUCACUCUCUUCGUCUCCAGCUCCACCAGUCUUCGAAACCAUUCGAGAUCUCAUCGUUCAAACCGUAACAGCGCAAUCAGAUGCCUUUUUACGGGAAUCGUCGAAGAAAUGGGCCAAGUCAAGCAACUUGGUAUCGCCGAACACGGCGGAUUCGACAUGAGAAUUGGCGCCCAGACGGUACUCGAGGGAGUCAACCUUGGUGACAGCAUUGCCGUGAACGGGACUUGCCUCACGGUCACCCAAUUCGACACCCAAUUGUCUGAAUUCACCGUCGGUUUAGCGCCCGAGACGCUUCGGAAGACGUCGCUGGCCGAGCUCUCGACCGGUUCGCUGGUCAAUCUGGAGAGAGCGGUUCAGCCCACGAGCCGAAUGGGAGGGCAUUUCGUUCAGGGGCACGUGGACGGCACAGGGGAGAUCAUGGCUAUGGACCCUGAGGGGGAUUCCUUGUGGAUCAAGGUAAAGGCGUCCAAGGAGAUUUUGAAGUAUGUGGUGCCAAAAGGGUUUAUAACUGUGGAUGGGACUAGUUUGACUGUGGUGGACGUGUUUGAUGAUGAGAGUUGUUUCAAUUUCAUGAUGGUUUCAUACACUCAACAAAAGGUGGUGAUUUCUCUCAAGAAAGUAGGGCAGAAGGUGAAUCUGGAGGUGGACAUACUUGGCAAGUACGUGGAGAGGCUUCUCAGUAGUGGAUUUCUAGACUCCAUUAAAUCUUCAUAAGGCAAGUGGUAUUCUAGAAUUAUGAUUUUUUUUUUGUAUGAGUCCAUUUUUGGAUGUGUUGUUGUAGUUUCCUACUUGUCUAAAAUUUCAAAUAAGAAGCAAAAAAAGAAUGAAUAUUCAUUUGGUUAUUAUUUUUGUUAAUUUUUUCUAACAUGGAAGAACAGAGUUGAUAGAGCA